AUGGUACAUGCAACCCCCAAUAAAAGUGUCGAACGAGGAAGACCUGACUCCCCGGAUUUUAACGACCUGGGCAAUUACACCUGGACUAUCGAAUGCGCCAGGGCUGUUCCGAUUAUGAAGGUCAAACCGAAGCUGGUCGAAAUACCCCCGCGCAAGGGUCAUAUCUAUGGGCAGAGCGUCCCCCAGCCCCAGCCUGGUAAGAGCUCCGGAAAUCUCAAGGGCUCGACGACAGUGAGUAAUCGGCACCCCUGGAAACCAGUGAGUUUAUCGAAGGACUUUGGCGAGGUUGCCGAAUCAUUGACGUUGCAGGCGCAUAAGCCCAGGAUCUUCCAGAGCGGACUUCAGGCUGCGAUCUACGCUACACUUUACCCAGAGAGGAGGAGAAAACUGCAGGAGUCAUUAGAUUUUGAUGAUGGAGUUGAGCAUACUGACUCUGGAUAUCUUGAAGAUGCGGGUGACAGUGAGAAAGGCGAUAAAGGCGCUCAUGAAUUCUGA